CACAUAAACAUCUCGCCAGUUCCGAACACUGUCCACCCAUCCUCGCCACCGCGCGUUUCAAGCCAUUUUCGCGUUCGAGCAAAAAUCCCUGCGCACACCCGCGAAACACCCGUUCCACUAUCCGCACCUUCACUGCGAUAGUGGUAGAUCCGCGAGCAACCUUUCAUUUUGAAGCAUCGAGUCCGAGAGAGAGCGAGCAAGACGGUUUUCGAUUUGCUGUCAAAACAAAGGAGAAAAGCCAAUCUGCAAAAGCAAAAGUGGCAGCAGCAGUUUUCGAGUGUGGAGAGGGCUUUUAUUUUCAUUUUUUGCAGUUUUAACCCGAACAGAAAGUGGCAUUUUCCCGGACAAUUUGAUCCGUUCUACGUGAGGAAUCCAUCCGAAUCAGUCGACUACGGCCAGCAGUUGAUCUGCGAAAAGAAUUUCCUGAUUUGCAUUUUCUUCGAGGUUUUCGAGGAGGAAAAUAUGGAACGAGGCAUUGGACGACAGGGACCGAUGAUGUCGUCUCCGGGAAUGUCCCGACGGCCUGGUGGAAUGCCACCACGGGAUAGCUAUCAAUCACAUUCAUACCAUCAGCAGCAGCAGCAGCAGUCCAGUCCACAUCAACAUCACCAGCAACAGCAGCAGCAGCAGCAGCAGCAACAACAACAACAACAACAACAACAGCAUUCGCCAAGUCAAUUCCAGCAUUCUCAGCACGAUGAGCUGAUACGAUACAUUCAUGAGGCUUGGAAUAGCAUUACGCAAGAUAAAAGCCAAAAUCCCCCAGUAUUCUACAAGAGUGUACCUGAGCCGCGGCUGGCCGGUUUCACCCCGUUCGAUCUGGAAGCCUACUGGGGCCGACGGUUAGUACACAAGAUCAACAUCUCCGCCCACGGUCACCAGUAGUCAUGUUCGCCGACGACGACGGCGACGGCGACGAUGACUGGCGACGAAUGGGGGAGGUGGAGAAAAACAAAUUCAAAACAACGGAUAAUUCAACAACUGUCAAAGAGUAGACAUUUAAAACAACAGCAGAAACAAACGAAAGCGAAAUGUGAACCGACACAACUGGGAGCGGAAAAUGGACCUAUAAUAUCGGCAUACAUACAAAUACGCAGACACAUACACAUACACACACACACACUCAGACGAAACAAACACACUCACAGACAUAGACACGGUUCCAUCUAGUAGUACACAAUUAUUUUUUUUAUUAAUUUUCGGGAAAUGGGACGCAUUGGCAGGAUUUGUAUUAAUGAUUCAGAAGCAAAGUUUUUUUUUCUAAACGAAACACUAGAAAGACAUUUAAAAUUCCGAGUAAAAGUUAAAUCCUUGUUGCAAGGAUUAAAAAACAAACCAUGAUCAUUGAGCGUUAAAAAUGUCUUUUUAAAUUUACAAAAUACGAGUGUAAAUUGAGGUUAAAAGUAAUUGUGAACCUAAAAUCUAAAACUGAAAAACAAUAAAGAAACUAUUGUUUUCUCUUUUUUUUUUAAUUUGUUCUGUUUUUCGUUUCCUCUUUUUUUUUAAACACACAUCUCUGUAAAAACAAACUAUGGAUGAAUUGAAAAUGUAAUAAACAGUAAAAGGGUAAACCUGUAAAAGUUCGUUUCCUGAUGACUACGAGCAGUGAGA